UAAUCUAGUAUUUAUAUCCCAUCAGGCUUUCUUGUUCUUUCUUGGAUUAUUAUAAGAUCUGAAAUCACUGUGAACGAGGUUCGUCUUUUUUCAUUUCAUGAUAUCAUUGACAGCAGAAUGGAAAUGGUUUAUUUCAGUACUUAUCACACCUGCUCGUUGAAACGAGAUGUUGUAAAUAAAAAAAUGUGACAAAAAUAUAUUAUCAUGAACUGAAGAACCCGCAGCGUUACUGCAGUAAAAAGUAUACGAACUAAAGAGUCUUUAUUAUUAAUAAAAAAUAAAAAGAUAAUGAAAAUAUAUAAAUGAUUAAUGUUUGAGUUAUAAGUAAAGAUUUAUUAUUCACAGAAAUAAAAAAAAGAAAAAGAAAGAUGACUAUUUUCUGGUCGUAUUUUUUUGUCAAGGAAUUUACAAUUAAUUUUUUUGCAAUUUUUUUAUUCGCUUCUGAAGCAUGCUUUUUAUAGAAGACGGUUUAUGAUAAUAGGCUUCAUAACUUUAUAAACAAUCUUUUAUCAUGUGCGCAUACAAAAUCAAAGACCGCUGGUCAAGCCGGAACUGAGCGACAUGGCUAUUUUACUGACCCGUUGCAUUAAAAACAGAGAAUCCUAAGCAUUAUUCGUAAAUUUGAAUCUUUGAUAAGAUUGGAAACAUAUUCAAAUGCUUCAAAUUAAGUUGCAAUGAUCUUGUGUAAAUUUUAGGAUGUUACCAACAAUAUUGGCAGUCCGUAAAUUUCUUGUUUGAUUUAUUCCAGAGCAUCAGCACUAGCCUGUACAGUCAGUAGAUUAUGCAAUAAAAAUGAACAUAUGUUUACAGUUUUUCGAAUUUUUAAUGAACACGAACAACAUGGUUGGUGUGAAUAUAGUAACACAAAGCAAAUUAUUAUCCUUGUAUGUAAGAGUAUUUUAAUUUUAAACUUUGAAUAUUAAUUUAUGUUUGGCAAUAUGCCUGUGAAAAGAACGUCCAGUACACGUGUUUUGAAACGGUCGCUUAAAAGUACAGAAUCGUGCCAAGAAAAUCAAAUUUUAUCAACUUUUAAAAGUUUGUUAUGGUCAGAAAGUGAUGAAAAAAAGGUAAAACUUGACAUGAACGGGAAUCAGGAGGACUUUGAGAGUAAAUAUCUUUCUUCUUCGACUCCAGAAUUUUCCGUACCGUUUAAGAAAAAGUCUUUUGGGAAAAAUGGUUUAACAGUUUCAACAGAAUGCACUGGAUUUCUAGAUGAUAGUGAUUUAGAUUCAGAUUGUGGGUCCCCAAAUGACUCAGAAAAUGACUCCAACCAAAGUAAAUCUUUCUUUGGAACUUUAUUUUCACCAGUUUUUUCAUUUUUUAAAAGUGAUGAUGAUUCUAAGUGUGAUACUGCUUUGAAAUCAUACAUAAAAGAUGAACACUCAUCUUACUUGACAGAUGACUCAUCUAAUUCUGAUUCAGAACAAGAAAAAGAUUUUACUGCUGUUUACAAUUAUAGUACGCUACGUCACCCAUGUGACAAAACAAAUGCUGAACCGUCAAAUAAUUCUGAAGAUUUUAAUCCAUAUCACUUUAUAAAACAUAUUCCACCACCUUCCUCUGAAUUACGAAGAACAGUUUUACCAUUGCCAACAAGACGUACACCUCGAAUGUCCUUGGUACUUGACUUGGACGAGACUUUAGUACAUUGUAGUUUAACACAGAUUGAGAGAUACAAUUUAACAUUUGAAGUUUUAUAUGAAAAUGAUGUUUAUCAAGUCUAUGUACGGAAGAGGCCUUAUUUGUAUGAAUUUUUAGAAAAGGUUUCAAAGUUAUAUGAGGUUAUAUUAUUCACUGCAUCAAAGAGAGUUUAUGCUGAAAAGUUACUAAACAUUAUAGAUCCUAAAAGACAGUUUUUUCGACAUCGUCUUUUUCGAGAACAUUGUGUUAAUGUGCAAGGGAAUUAUAUCAAAGAUCUGACAAUACUAGGCCGCGACUUAAAACGAACGAUGAUUGUGGACAAUUCUCCUCACGCAUUUGCUUACCACAUAUCAAAUGGAAUUCCCAUCGAAUCAUGGUUCAUUGACGAAAACGACUGUGAAUUGCUGGAGCUUUUACCGUUUUUAGAAAAGCUUGCAGAAGUUGAUGAAGAUGUGCGUCCACAUAUACGAGAUCGAUAUCGUCUUCAUGAGUUGCUCCCUCCAUAAGUGUAUUCUUAUAUAUUUCUUUGACAAAAGACAAAAAAAAGUUCUGUUCUUUUAUGUGUGGAUAUUGUAUAUAGAUUUUUUUAAACAGGUUACUUCCUGUUUUUAAGAGAAAAGUUUAUUUAUUUUGUUUAAGUCAAAAAUUCUUUGUUAUAUUUAUAUGUUAUGUUUAUGUCUAUUGUGACAGUCUUACGAAAUGAAGUGGGGAGUUUUUCUUGGAGCCCCUAUUUCUCUUUUUUUUCGUCAAGUUUUUUACAUUUCGUUAUAGCGUUCUAUGUGAAGCUUUAGUUUCAUAGCAUCCAAACACGUAACACAUACGUUGGAUCAACCUUUUCCUAGUGCCACUUGGGAUAAAACCAUCUAUGAUGCCAAAAAGCGAAAGAUUUAGCCUGGGUACGAGGUUGAUAUUGGAUUUGCUCUGUUUAACGAGCAUUUUUUGCUAUGUGACAAAAUUAAGUUCAAAUUUUGUUGCAUUAUAUUUACUCCCAUACUUAGCACCCGCCCACACCCCGCCCUUUUUAUCGCCCUUUUUACCGCACUUUUCUAACCGCAACCAAACUCACGCUUUAAUGAUUUCAUUGUUUGUUGGAUAUAUUUUGUUAUUUUUACCUUCCUAGUUUAUCAAGCUGUUUUAUUUUCUUAAAAACGUUUAUUUUGUUGAAGUACAAAUACUCUUAAUUUUA